AUGCGUGAUGAUGAAACAUUGUCUGGGUAUCUUACGCAUCUGAAUGAAUUGAUUAAUCAAAUGAAGACGUUUGGUGAAGUGUUAUCUAAUGCAAGACUUAUGCAAAAGGUCUUAAUCAAUCUUAGCAAACCCUAUGAUCCUAUCUGUCUUGUGAUUGAGAAUACGAAAAAUAUAGAAACGGUUGAAUUACAGGAGAUCCUAGCUAUUCUUAAAAGCCAGGAACAACGUUUUGAUAUGCACACUGUUGAUGCUACUGAUAAGGCAUUUGCCUCCUCUGUGAGUUCAAAAGGACAACAAAACAGGGGUAACUCUCAGUCCAAUGUUAUAAAGGCAAGCCAAAAUGCUACAAUUAUGAUAGAUUUGGUCACUUGGCUAGAGAGUGCACUGCUGAAAAAUCUGUGCACAAGGCUAACUGUGCAAAUCAAGUGGAGUGGAUGCAGCAACCACAUGACAGGAAAUGUCAAUCUUCUUAUUGAUGUGAGAACCAAUGUGGCAGGAAAAGUGCAAAUGCCAACUGGUGAUCUAGUUAAUGUGGCAGGAAUGGGAUCUCUUGUGAUUGAUACAACUAAAGGAAGGAAAUACAUCAAAGAGGUGAUGUAUUUACCAGGGUUGAAGGAGAACUUGCUAACUGUUGGUCACAUGGAUGAGCAUGGGUAUUACUUGCUCUUUGGAGGAAAAGAUGCCAAUUUGGAAAAUAGCAUCGAGAUUGGUUUCCAAAAGAGCAAGCUUGGAGAGCAAAUAGUCCACUGGAGCUAA